AUGACACAACCAUCUCUUCCGCUGAGCAAGGAAAGCGAGUCGACGGCUUCCAUUCUGUCUGCCGGAUCUGUCAACUCGGUGGAUACCUCCGAUCUCAAACUUUAUGAUGAAGAUGAUCUAAAGGAACGGGAGAUUUUGAUUCUCAACUCCAAUUCCCAUUCGCAGAGCCAUUUGAACCUCAACCGGGAGGAGCUUGUGGAGCUGGAGAAACUCAGUGCCCAUUUACCGGAGGUUAAACUGACGUAUCCAGACCCGCUCAAUAACAGGCCACCGCCUGUUUCCCCAAACGGCAUAACCUUCUUCUUUGAUAUAGACAAUUGUCUCUAUCACAGAUCAACCCGCAUUCAUGAUUUGAUGCAGAUCUACAUCCACCGCUAUUUCAAGAAACACCUCCAUCUAAAUGAUGAGGAGGCUCAUAAUUUACACAUGUCAUACUAUAAGCAAUACGGGUUGGCGCUAGAAGGUUUGGUGAGACUCCACAGAGUCGAUGCCUUAGAAUAUAAUAGAGUUGUAGAUGACGCAUUGCCUCUCGAUAAGAUCCUCACACCAAAUCUGAAAUUGCGUAAACUGCUCAUUGAUAUGAAAACCUCUGGAAAAGUGGAGAGACUGUGGUUAUUCACAAAUGCCUAUAAAAAUCAUGCAUUAAGGGUGAUUCAUCUUUUGGGGAUCGGUGACCUCUUUGAUGGUGUCACUUACUGUGAUUAUGCACAAUUCCCAUUGAUAUGUAAACCAAUGGAAAAAUCUUUUGAAUUGGCCCUUCAACAGGCCAAUGUUACAAAUCCGGAAAAUACAUAUUUUGUUGAUGAUUCCGAGAUAAACAUAAAAGCUGCCAGACGAUUUGGUUGGGGCAAAGUAAUACAUUAUGUUGAGUUGGACCAGGAUCUGCCAAAGGAUUUAAAUAUAUAUUCGGCUCUAGACAUUCACAUAAUUCGUUCCAUCCAAGAUUUAAGAACCGUUUGCUCUGAAUUAUUUUGA